CACCCCUCCCCCUCCAGCUCUACAGCCGGGGACACCGCCAGCGCCAAACCGCGAUUGCUUCGAAACGCUCCCCCACAGGGAUCUCCGUCCCCUCCCAGCCGGGCAUGGCACUGCCUCCACCCGCCACCACUGAACCCUGCAAGGCCGAGAAGACUUUCUGACCGUGCCUGGCAACUCCGCGCUGCCGGGAAACCCGGGGGCUGCCUGCAGCGCUCUCAGACUCCCCGCUCGCUGCCGCACACAGGCGCGCUCCCUCGCCCUCUCCACCCCCCGGCUCCGCACGCCGUCUCACACACACACACACGCGCGCACGCUUUCUCUCACUCUCCCUUUACCCGGAGGUGCGCUGGUAGCCAUUUAAUGAGGGGGAAAAGUUAAGAGAUUAAACCAAUAUGAACCAUCGUUGCUCGUAGCAGUGCCCUAUCCAGAGCAGAGCAGAAUCCAGCGAGCACCCCUGCAGGAAUGGAGUCGGUAAAACAAAGGAUUUUGACCCCUGGCAAGGAGGGAUUGAAGAAUUUUGCCGGAAAAUCGCUUGGUCAACUCUACAGAGUCCUAGAGAAGAGGCAGAAGCCCGGGGACACCAUCGAGCUGACGGAAGAUGGAAAGCCCAUGGAAAUGCCCGAGAAGAAAGCCCCGCUGUGCGACUGUACCUGCUUCGGGCUGCCCCGGAGGUACAUCAUUGCCAUCAUGAGUGGACUGGGAUUCUGCAUUUCCUUCGGGAUCCGAUGUAACUUGGGAGUGGCCAUCGUGGACAUGGUCAAUAACAGCACCAUACACCGAGGAGGAAAAAUUAUUAAAGAGAAAGCGAAGUUUAAUUGGGAUCCUGAAACAGUUGGCAUGAUCCACGGCUCUUUUUUCUGGGGAUACAUAAUCACCCAAAUCCCCGGCGGGUAUAUCUCGUCCCGGCUGGCAGCUAACAGAGUAUUUGGUGCUGCUAUACUGCUGACAUCCUCCCUCAACAUGUUAAUACCAUCUGCAGCCAGGGUGCACUAUGGGUGUGUCAUCUUUGUUAGGAUCUUGCAGGGCCUUGUAGAGGGGGUCACCUACCCUGCCUGCCAUGGUAUUUGGAGCAAGUGGGCCCCCCCAUUAGAAAGAAGUAGGUUAGCAACCACUUCCUUUUGUGGUUCCUAUGCAGGAGCUGUUAUUGCAAUGCCUUUAGCUGGAAUUCUAGUGCAAUAUACAGGGUGGUCUUCUGUGUUCUAUGUGUAUGGGAGCUUUGGUAUAGUCUGGUACAUGUUUUGGCUUUUGGUUUCAUAUGAGAGUCCUGCAAAACAUCCUACGAUCACAGAUGAAGAAAGGAGAUACAUAGAAGAAAGCAUUGGAGAGAGUGCCAACCUCCUAGGUGCAAUGGAAAAAUACAAAACUCCAUGGAGAAAAUUUUUUACAUCUAUGCCAGUCUAUGCAAUAAUUGUUGCAAACUUCUGUAGAAGCUGGACUUUUUACUUGCUGCUUAUUAGUCAGCCUGCUUACUUUGAGGAAGUGUUUGGAUUUGAAAUAAGCAAGGUGGGUAUCUUAUCUGCUGUGCCGCAUUUAGUGAUGACAAUUAUUGUUCCUAUUGGGGGACAAAUUGCAGACUUUUUAAGAAGCAGGCAGAUUCUUUCAACCACUACUGUGAGAAAGAUAAUGAACUGUGGAGGUUUUGGUAUGGAAGCAACUCUUCUUCUCGUGGUGGGAUAUUCUCACAGUAAAGGAGUGGCUAUCUCAUUCUUAGUGCUUGCUGUAGGCUUUAGUGGAUUCGCCAUAUCUGGAUUCAAUGUCAACCAUUUAGACAUUGCCCCGAGGUAUGCCAGCAUCUUAAUGGGGAUUUCUAAUGGAGUCGGGACCUUGUCUGGAAUGGUUUGCCCUAUAAUUGUCGGAGCAAUGACAAAGAACAAGACACGUGAAGAGUGGCAGUAUGUCUUCCUCAUUGCUGCUUUAGUUCAUUAUGGAGGUGUUAUAUUCUAUGGCAUAUUUGCUUCAGGAGAGAAACAACCCUGGGCAGACCCUGAACAGACAAGUGAAGAGAAAUGUGGCUUUAUUCAUGAAGAUGAACUUGCUGAAGAGACAGGGGACAUUACUCAGAAUUAUGUAAAUUAUGGUACCACCAAGUCUUAUGGUGCUACAACCCAGGUCAACGGUGGCUGGCCUAAUGGUUGGGAGAAAAAAGAGGAAUUUGUACAAGAGGAAGUACAAGACUCAUACAACUACAAGGAAGGAGAUUAUUCAUAACAAACCUAAAUAUUGGGUAUAUUUU